AUGACGCAGGACGGCCUGCAGUUUUCAUUGGAGAGAAAAUUCAAAUAUCACGAGGAUAUUUAUUACGUAUAUACGUAUUCUGUGGAUGUGAGCACGAAUUUGGGCUAUCAUCCGCUAUCAUCCCGUCAUUCGAAAAAUGAUUCGGCUUUGCACAUCGACGCUACUUUGUCCGUGCAUUUUAACAGUCCCUGCGAGGGUACCUUGAGGAUCUUGAAUGCCAGCAUCAGUCAUGAUCGCAGCACGUACAACGCCGAAUUUCCAGAUCAUGCUGGCGCCGAAUUCAAGGCCAACCUCGAGCGUCAUGCAUUAAGGUUCACCUUUGACGACGGUCUGAUCCACGAGCUUUGCCCGGACCGGCAUGAACCAGUCUGGGCACUGAAUAUCAAGCGAGGUGUCCUGUCGAUGCUGCAGAAUAGCAUGCGGCGCUUCGAUGUAGACCAUCGUGGCGAUGAGAUGGACAUUCAUGGCACUUGCGACACCCACUAUCGCCUGUUUGAAGCCAAGAAGACCAGUCUGAUUGUAAAGAAGAGCAAGUAUCUGGCUGACUGCCGGGACGGCCCCAAGUUCUUCUCCGUCGUGCAGUCGAAUCCCUACAGAAGCCCGCGCAAGCAACACGGCCAGCACGGAUUAUUCAGGUCGCGCAGUGAUUGCGAGAUCACCAUCGAUCACAACGUAUACGAGAGAGUGGUUUGCGAUGAGGUGCAAAUGCUGCAGCCGCUCUCCAACGGUGUCAAAGCUGGUGCCAAGACCGAGUCCCGGACGAUCCUUCAGCUGAUUCAGGAGACGAAUUUUAUCCAUAUGUUCGAAGAAGAUGAAAGCGACGAUGACGAGGAGAGAAACGAGAAUAAUUUCGUGCGAGAUACAUCUCGUAUCAAGAGAACUACGUUGUUAUACGACCACGCCAAGACCAUGAAGAUCCUGCAUGGUGAGCUACGAACAUCCAGGGAUUUGUUAAAGACCAUGUGCAGGCUUGCGAACGCUGAAGAGCUCCAACAGAGAUUCUCCGAGACAUUCACUAAAUUCGUCCAUUCGGCUCGUUUCCUAGAUUAUACCUCGUUGUCGCAGUUGUUCAGCAGAGCUAAUAGCAUUUGCAAAAACGGGAAGUACGUAACGAUCGCUUUGCAUGUAAUAUUUCUUAGAUAA